AUUUUAUAUUUAUUUCAACAAUAUGUCCACCAGGCUCUGUUGACCUGCCCGAGUCUGCAUGACUCCCUCAACCCAAACAGAGCACGCAGAAGCGCGUAGCCAACAGUUCGUGCCCUAGCUUUUGAUCUCUCAGCUAUGGCAUCCUUGGACACCGACGUGACGAUGGUUCCGGCCGGCGAGGCAUCUACCAUCGCCGGUCCUUCUUCCUCAUCGGCCGCUUCAUCAUCGUCCGCGAAGAAGCCCAAGCGUUUCGAGAUCAAAAAGUGGAACGCAGUUUCUCUGUGGGCUUGGGAUAUUGUCGUGGAUAACUGUGCAAUUUGCCGGAACCAUAUCAUGGAUCUCUGCAUUGAAUGCCAGGCUAACCAAGCUAGCGCCACGAGCGAGGAAUGCACUGUUGCUUGGGGGGUUUGCAACCAUGCAUUCCACUUCCACUGCAUCAGCCGAUGGCUCAAGACCCGUCAAGUGUGUCCACUGGGUAUGUUUGUGCCUGCUUCCCUCGGAAAGUGUGUUUCAAUUUCUUUCCUUCUGCUGAACUUUCUUGUCUUGUUUGCGGUUUUUUUUUGUUUUUUGUUUUUACAGAUAAUAGUGAAUGGGAGUUUCAGAAGUAUGGCCACUAGAACACUUUGUAUUGUUGAGCUGUUGGGUUGAAACCCCUAGGUUGGUUUACAUUACAUGUUGUCACUUUCAGUGGGACAUAUGAACAGUUUGUUUUCCCUUUACAUAAUCCAUUUCCUUUCUAUGUAUGGCAGUGUUUGUUAAUUCCUAAAAUUUUUAAAGAAGCAUGAUAUUUGGCUUCUGUAAGCCAUGAUUAAGACAAUCAGUUGCAAUAUCUUGAAAGGUUUUAUUAA